AUGGCAACUGCUCAAGAUAUCCGCCCUCGCAAGGACGAGUUGGCUGCUCAGGCUCAAUACCUCUCCACCUCGCCCACAGCUUCAUUCCACUCCCCUUCCAGUUCCGGUUCCGCUCUCCAACGGAUCAUCCCCGUGUUGAAUGCGAAGCACCUCAAGCCUUUCGCGACCGAGGACAUCAAGGUUCUGCUGCUGGAGAAUGUGAACCAGGCUGGCCGGGACAUCCUAUCUGCGCAAGGCUACCAAGUGGAAUUCCUCAAGUCUUCGCUCCCCGAAGACCAGCUCAUCGAGAAGAUUCGUGACGUUCACGUCAUCGGUAUCCGCUCCAAGACCAAGCUCUCCGAGCGGGUUCUGAAGGAGGCGAAGAACCUGAUCGUCAUCGGAUGCUUCUGCAUCGGUACCAACCAGGUCGACCUCCAGUAUGCCGCCAACCAUGGUAUUGCGGUCUUCAAUUCGCCCUUCAGCAACUCUCGCAGUGUUGCAGAGCUGGUCAUUGGAGAGAUCAUUGUCCUUGCGCGCCAGCUGGGUGACCGCUCAAACGAAAUGCACAAUGGAACCUGGAACAAAGUGAGCAGCAAGUGCUGGGAGAUUCGUGGCAAGACACUGGGUAUCGUUGGGUAUGGUCACAUCGGCGCCCAACUGUCCGUAUUGGCAGAGUCCAUGGGCAUGUCGGUUAUCUUUUACGAUGUGCUCAACCUGAUGGCCCUUGGUACAGCCCGUCAAGUCGAGACCCUGGAAGCCCUGCUGGCUGAGGCCGACUUCGUCACCUGUCACGUUCCCGAGCUCGCCGAGACCAAGGGCAUGUUUGGUCAGAAGCAGUUUGAACAGAUGAAGACCGGAAGCUACCUGAUCAAUGCCAGCCGUGGAACUGUGGUGGACAUUCCCGCGCUCAUUGAUGCCAUGCGAAGCGGCAAGGUUGCUGGUGCUGCGCUGGAUGUGUACCCCAACGAACCCGCCGGUAAUGGAGACUACUUCAACAAUGACCUCAACACCUGGGGGGCUGAUCUGCGCUCCCUCAAGAACCUCAUCCUUACCCCCCCACAUUGGAGGCAGCACGGAGGAGGCCCAGAGCGCGAUUGGUGUGGAAUCACCCUCCGCUCCCUGACCAUGGAGGAACCCAACCACGCCCGUGUUGUCUACAUCCACAAGAACAUUCCCGGUGUGUUGCGGAAGGUGAAUGAAAUCAUUGGCGACCACAAUGUCGACAAGCAGAUGACCGACAGUAGAGGCGAUGUUGCCUACCUGAUGGCUGAUAUUAGCGACGUGGACUCCGCUAACAUUAAAGAUCUGUACGAGAGACUCGAGAACCUUCCUUCCCGGAUCAUGACCCGCAUUUUGUACUAG